AUAUGAUGACAUCACAGAACAGACUCAAGGAUCACUAUUUUUUUUUGUGGGGAGAGAAGCAGCAAGCUGCAUUCGACCAACUGAAGAUCACCCUCACGUCCCCGUCCGUCCUUCGCAUCUCCGAUCCUGACCGUCCAUACGAAGUCAUCACCGUCGCCAGCGACAUCGCCAUUGGUGCAGUUCUCCUACAGGUUUUCGGCGACGGAUUACAACCAGUCACCUACGAAUCACGGAAGCUGCAGGGCGCGGAAAAAAACUAUACGAUACACGACAAGGAAAUACUGGCGAUUGUCCACGCGCUUAAGACCUGGCGGUGUUACCUGACAGGCGCUGACGUCACGGUGCGAACCGACCACAAAUCCUUACAAUCCGAUGGCUCGAUUUCCUCGAUCGCCCAAACCAACCCACUACUUACCGGACUAUUUACCUACGGCUACAAGAUCGACCCUUUCUUCCGCUCUGCUAUUCAUCAACACCAUACCACCGCCACCAAACACUAUUUUAAUAAGCGCGAUACUUCUCGCAUCUGGGUGCGUGGCUACGAUUUACUUCGUACCCUACUAAUACAGGAAUCCCACGACAACCCUACCUCAAGGCAUUUUGGCGUCGACAAAACUACGAAGACGUUGCAGCGCAACUAUUAUUGGUCGAACAUGGCCAACGACUUGCGCAAGUACGUGUCCUCCUGCACCGUCUGCCACAUCAUGAAAUCCUCCCAUCAGCGAGCAGCCGGACUCCUACAGCCGUUGGAUCCACCCGAGCGACCCUGGCAACACAUCACGAUGGACUACGUGACAGGACUGCCAGUCGGUCCCAGCGGAAACGACGCCAUCCUCGUGGUCGUCGACCGACUCACGAAAAUGGCGCACUUUAUCGCCUGCCAACAGACAAUUACAGCUGAGCAAACUGCCCAACUGUUCAUCGCCAACGUUAUUCGACUGCAUGGACUGCCUACCACAAUUAUCUCAGACCGCAACCCGAAAUUCACAUCGAAUUUAUGGCGCCACCUGUGGGACCAGUUCGGCACCAAACUACAGUUUUUCUCCGCCUACCACCCACAGACCGACGGGCAGACCAAACGAGUCAACCAAACAAUGGAGCAACUCAUUCGAACUACCUGUACUGACCCACAGACAUGCGAGAAAUCCCUUCUGCUGCUGGAAUUCGCGUAUAAUAACGCGCCCUCC